AUGUCUAAAUUGCUCGCUCUUCACCGUCCGACGACAAUUUCGAAAUUGGCCCCUUUGGUACCGGAAAGCAGUGUAUCUCGUCCUUCCGGAAACGUUCCACAAUGGCACGAUUUGUUGCCUUCUCAAAAGCUUCCUGAUUUUCGAAAUGCCACUGGGAACGCGAUGCAACUUUCACGUGGUUUUCUUGGACAGCCGAUUUGGCAAUUUCCGGCUGACCACGGGUUUGAUCUGACCGAUCCACUCAAUCGGAUCGUCCAUCGAAACUAUCAUCCACUGCAUGAUGAACAUUUGCAGAAGUUCUGGAAGGGCGCAUAUGAAAAGGUAAACUUAAAAUUUCAUGGUUUGAUCGGUGAUGCUGACAAGGUUUUGUGUACGCUACGGGAGUUCAACCAGUUUAGGGCCUUUCUAUUUGAACAGUUUAAAGUUAAAUUGAAGAAGCGAAUUGAACUUGAGCAACAAGAUAGAGAAGACGGAGUUCACUGUAGUAACAUGACGAACCACGUGAGUCGAUUCGGAGAUUACGACAAAAAGCUGAAAGCUACUUGCAAACGAGCUGAACGCAUGUUCGACCAGAAGAAUCACGAGUGGAAAGAAUCUAUCACAGAAUACCGUAAAAAAAUUGACAAAUUCACCCAGGAGCAGCACAAAAAGCAAAGUCAGCGUUUGAAGGCAGCAGAGGAAAACGACUUUAUUCUGCGUUUUUAUCAGCAACAGUUGCAGGCUUUACGACGAACAAAAAUGUUGAAACUGAAGCGAAGAUUGAAGGACCGCGAUGCGUUGGUGCAGCAACGAUUAUCGUGUAACGAAACGCGUAAGGCUGCUAUUACAUCGCAAUUGGAACGGGACGAGAAAAAACAGAUUAUGGAUAAAUUUCUUAAACAAAUGACAGAAAACGUGCAACGCAGGAAAGAAUGGGCACGUGAGCAGCAUACGAAACUUGAAUCUGAUUUAGUACAUCGAAAAACGAUCAAUUUGGCCAAGAAAUACGAACGCCGGAGUAGACAAACGUUGGUAAAGGCAAUCCUUCGGGAGUGUAAGAAAAGUUUUCACGCCAAGGAUCCUUCGGCUCUGGAAGAUCCAGCGUUACGACGGGGAUCAAUCGAACAGACUAUAAAAGCUGCUCUAGCAAUCCACACAGCCAUCAGUCCGACCACCAGCAGCAUAAUGAUCAUCGAUACUGCCAGCGAGUUUAUUUCGGAUUUGCGUAUUAAACCGAGUGAACCUUUACCGUUGGAUCGCUUAACGGUGCAAUACGUGGUGGAUCGAUUGGCGGAAAUUAUGGAACAAAUACUCCAUCGGAAAGUGGCCCAAGCGUGCGACUUGAUCGAAAAGGUUGCUACAAAAAAGUCCGACCGUCUACAUAGUGGAGAUCAAACUUUGCGUUCGUCACUCUGCAGCUAUCAGAGCGAUAGAACAGAGACUCGUAACGGACCCCUUCGUUCGAAAGUGUCUCUUGGACCAGUUUCUACGGUGGAAGAGUUCGAAACCGAAUGCGUUCAGAUGAGGCAAUGUAAAAACCGAGCCCCGACACCGGUAACUUCCGUCACUUCGUUGGUCGAAUGUGCUAUGGGUGAACCGGAAAUGGAGAGGGCAAACAUUAGCAGGCUCGUGAUACCGUUCGAAACGCAGCAAGAGUUGGAGAGAUGCAUUCACGGCGAAACUUACCCUUUGAUACACAUUAUGUACAGCCAGCGGCGGUAUCUGGAAGGUAACUGCUUAAAAUAUCGCCUAAUCGUUGAGCCGUACGUUGAGCAGCGGGUGUUGGCGGCGAUCAAUCUGGAACACCUAACCAUCACAGCCCACAAAUCGACCAGAGUGAGCAAAGACAAACUUCUCCAUCGGACCGCGGUGGGUUUGCUGAAAUUUCCUGAAAAUGAUGUGGAUUACGCAAAGGCAAUCCUUGAUGGAAUUAAUUACCUGUCAACGGUGGCGACGCGGAAAGUCGAAGAAAUCCUUAAUGAACCAUAA